CACAAGCCGCAGAGGGAGGAACGGGACAGGACCAGAUCAGAGUGGGCUCGGGCGCGGGCAUCUCGAGGGGCCAUGGGGGAGGGCGUGCCGGCGGCUGAAGCCGCGCAGCGCGGCCCGGUGCACGCGGUGACAGUGGUCACGCUGCUGGAGAAGCUGUCCACCAUGCUGGAGGCGGUGCGGGAGCGACAGGGCGGCCUGGCCCGGCGGCAGGGCGGCCUGACGGGCACCGUGCGCCGCAUCCAGAGCGGCCUGGGCGCGCUCAGCCGCAGCCACGGGGCCACCAGCAACACGCUGGCCCAGCUGCUGGCCAAGGCCGAGCGCGUCAGCAGGCAUGCCCACGCCGCCCGCGAGCGCGCCGUCCGCCGGGCGCUCCAGGUGCAGCGGCUCGAGGCCAACCACGCGCUGCUGGUCGCCCGCGGCCAGCUGCACGUCCAGCUCUUCAAGGAGGAGGCAGAAAUCCCAGCCAGAGCUUUUCAGAAGGAGCCAGAAUCCACAGAGCUAGAAGAGAAGGAACUGGGACCAGAGACCCUAGAAGAGCUGGAAGAAGGGGAGAGCUCAGAUGAGGAGCCAGUGGAAUCCCGGGCCAAGCGGCUUCGGCGUACUGGCCUAGAGAAGGUGCAGAGCCUUCGAAGGGCACUGUCCGCCCGAAAGAGCAAGGGCCCUGCCCCACCUCCACCUACUCCCACCAAGCCUCCCCGAUUGGGCCCUAACCAGGGCAUUGAAAAUCAGCCUGAGGCAGGGGCAGUGGUUGAAGCAGAACCAGGGUUGGAGCUAGAGCCACCAAGAAUUCCUGUGGAAGAUCCAGAGAGCCCUGAGGCCAGGGAAACUCUGAUACUUCAGGAAGAGGAUGCUGCUUAGUGCUCCAUCCUGCUUGCCCACUUCUCUGUGCCUUUAUCUUUAAUGGCACCAUCAGUUGCCAAGCAACAGAGCCCAGUUACUUACAGAGCACCUAUACCCAAGCAGAGAAAGAACCCUGCCUUUAUAGCUCACCUCACUCCCUCCCUUGCUCUCAAACUCAGGCCUCCACUCCAAAGCCCUCCAAUCCACCCCAUUUUAAACCUCAGAGACUGACACUAUCACCCUCCUAAGUGUGCUCAAGAUUAAUAAACUAAUUUCACAAAUGA